AUGACCGAGAAUUGCAGUUUGGAUCAGGAUGUGCCGCUCACUUCACUCCCUUUUACUUCCGCCUCCAGAAAAUGGUGCUCGAUCUGUCCAGAAGGAAACCUUCCUCCUCCUCCCCUGAAUUUGCUCAGCAAAUUGGGAGACGAUCUCCUCAUCGAGAUUCUGAUUCGCCUCCCAAACGCUAGAUCCUCCUUCCUCUGCAAAUCCGUCUGCAAGCCGUGGAUUCAAUUGUCGCUUUAUUUCACAUCACUAGAGUUUUGUUCCGAGUCUGGGAAAUGGUCGCAGAGAAAGUUUGAUGAUAGCAUGACAAGUACAAUGACCAAUGUAGUCUUGUGGAACGGUGAGUUGUUUUGGUUGAAUUUUGAAUUCUAUUCGCUUCCCAAAAUCUUGUUUGCGUGUAACCCUUUCCGCCUUGAUAGACCUCUCAGGCGUAUGAUUGUAUCUCAUGCAUUGUGGCGUGCAAUGGGGCAGGGAGGUGCCACUCUCGCGGUCUCGCAAGGUGCUAUGCACAUAGUUGUAUUUGAAGUUGAAGGUCUAUGUCGUGGUUCGAGGUAUGCCUUGAGUGUUUGGAGAUUGGAAGAAGAUGAUGAGCAUUAG